AAAUCUCUCUCUCUCUCUCUCUUUGUUACUCCUAUCUUUCUCCAAAAAUAAUCAAAAAGCUCAAUUAUUGUUUAAUUUGUUUUCUUGCACUAUACAAAAACAUGGCUCCCUCGUUUCUAAGCGUCGCAAAAUUCAUUGAGGCACUACUCCGCCGGAGAUUCUCUUCCGCUGGUCUCUCUUUACAAACGCUAUCCAUCGACUCCGAAACCACCAUACAGUUCUGGGGACCACCACCGUCUUCAACGUCGGAAAAUACACAAAAACCGUCGCUCCUCCUCCUCCACGGUUUUGGCCCUUCUGCUGUAUGGCAAUGGAGCCAUCAGGUAAAGCCACUCUCUCAUUUCUUUCGUCUCUACGUGCCCGACCUUGUCUUCUUCGGUGGCUCCUCUUCCUCCGGCGAGAACCGGUCGGAGAUGUUUCAAGCGUUGUGCAUGGGGAAGCUUAUGGAGAAGCUCGAGGUCGAGAGGUUCAGCGUCAUUGGUACGAGCUACGGCGGUUUCGUGGCGUAUAACAUGGCGAAAAUGUUUCCCGAGAAAGUGGAGAAGGUGGUUCUUGCGAGCUCCGGUGUUAAUAUGCGGCGGAGUGACAACGAGGCGUUUAUCGCCAGGGCUAAGUGCCGCGGUAUCAAGGAGGUGAUGCUUCCUGCUUCUGCGACAGAUCUUAGGAGAACCUCUGGGAUGGUUUCUUCUAAGAGACUCGAUUAUGUCCCAGAUUUUGUCUUGAACGACUUUUGCCAGAAAAUGUAUUCGGAGAAGAGGGAGGAAAAAGCAGAACUUCUCGAGGGGCUGAGUAUUGGGAAGGAUGACAAAACAAACGUUUCUCCAAUUCAACAGGAUGUAAUGCUGAUAUGGGGGGAGCAAGAUCAAGUUUUUCCUUUAAAAAUGGCACAUGACCUCAAAGAGUAAGACCCUUGACUAUUUCCAUCUAGAUUUUGAUCUAACUAAAGUUAAUGAUUAACCAAUAUCUAUGCUAGAAAAAGCGAAGAGUGCAAUUUGAGAACUAGCUAGCUUGGAACCAAGGUAGUAAUGAGUUAUUCAUAUUCGUGUGUUUGUUUUGUAUAUGUUUACCAGGAUGUUGGGGAAUAAGACGACGCUAAAAAU